CCAUUUUUCGACCCUGCGGUUUAUAUAACGGUGCGGCUAAUCUAUGGAUUUUUACAGCUAACGGCCACUAGGGAACCUCCUAAAUCUAUGGAUUUUACAGGUUACAGUCCACCACCUUUAACACUAUGGGCUCUAUGACCGGUCCGCGCCCGCCACCUUUAAGCGGCGGGCUCCAGCAGGAAAAGCUGGAGGCCGGAAAAGAGUGAGACAGGUAGCGCGCCAAAGUAAAAGUGGAACCGAGAGUGGUACGAGAGACAGAACGAGAGCAAGACAGACAGACAUUACGAGAGCGAGACAGUUUGUGCAAAGGAAGUUUUCAUGCACAAACCCUGCCGAUCAUGUACCUGGAACCUGCCAACAAUAAUAAGGCCUCUACUGGCUUCACCUUUUUCCUGACCUCUUGUGAGAGGAAUGGUUUGCCCUCAAGGGUCAGAUGUGAUCAAGGUGUGGAGAAUGUCGACAUUGCUCGUUUCAUGUUCACUGUGCGAGGAACUGACCGGGCAAGUUUUAUUUCUGGAAAAAGUGUCCACAACCAGAGAAUCGAACGGCUUUGGCGUGAUGUGUGGACUGCAGUAACUUCCACAUAUUAUGAUGUCCUGCACACUCUUGAAGAAGAGGGACUACUGGACAUCUCAAACACGUUGCACAUCUUCCUGGUGCACUUUGUGUUCCUACCCCGUCUCCGCAGCGACCUUCACACCUUCACUGAGGGCUGGAACCAUCACCCACUCCGCACCGAGGGAAACAUGACCCCUCAGCAGUUGUGGCAGUUGGGCCUGCUGCAAAACAGCACGGAUGAGGCUGAGAAUGUUGAGGAUCUGCAAGAACUUGACAUAAAUUGGGAGAGUGCCCUUUACUGUGCUGAGUCCCUACAAGAGUCUGGGCUUGUUGUUCCAGAAUUUCCCACGCCCAUAAAUGAGCAAGAUAUGGCAGACCUUCAAGCUGCUGUGGACCCUACCGACCCAUCCGACUCCCAUGGUCGAGACAUUUACUGUCGUUGUCUUCAAAUCUUCCAGACAGGAACAUGGCCUUGCCCGGUUAUCCACUGAAGAAAUGCUCUUGGAGACAAUGAGGGAAGUGCAGCAUUCUCCAUCCCUGAAUCAGUUUUGUCUGAAAUUAGAGGCAAUAAAGAUAACUAACAUUUUAAGAUGACAUUUUCAGGCACAACUUUUGUACUACAGAUGAUAUAUAUUUUAAGAGGAAGAGAUAUUGUAAAUGUGUUAUUUAUUUGAUUUUAUGAACCAAUAAAGAUGGUUACAUUUCAGUCACAGAACAGCAAAUUAUUUUACCUUGCUCCAUUUCCUGGAGGAAAUCCUGCAGAUGAUUCAUUAAAGUCACCUCCA